AAAGAUUCUUGAAAAAUGAAUCAUAUUUGGGGUCAUAAAGGACCCUAUUUCCAUGCUCCUUGCCAGCGCGAUCGCUUUCCCAGUCUGGUGGAUGAGAUAGGCGAGGAUGGGGAUAAGCUGGUCGCCCAUUUGGGCAUCUCCAACAUGUCGGACAUGGGUGCCCGCUUGAAGAGGGGUCGCAAGCACUCCAAUGUUGCCGAGCAGCUGGCAGCUGAUAAUCUGAAAGACGCCUGUGUGCCGCUUAACAAGAUGUUUCACUCCUCUUCUCAAGGUCUGCGACGUGGCGUGGACAAGUACGCCCAGAUGCCCAAGUUUGAUCGCUAUGUGGAUGAGCAGGAGCAGCAGGAUCUGGUGCAGCGUCAUCGCAAGCUUUGGAUCGUCCCAAUCCGGUGCCGGCGCUUCGUCAAGCGGGCGAGCCGCCGUAUACCGGUAAAUGUGAGCACUGUAAACGCCGUGGCAGCAAUGAUGUGGCCAAUGACUUUCAGGGGCGAUUGUAUUUGCGAGAAGCCUAUCUUAUUGAACAAAUGCUUAACAUGGGAUUGGAUGGUCAUCAACCGCUGAAUGAAGAGCAUCCAAUGCCACAACGCAAUCGCAAUUUUGGCUAGAACAUGGUCUUCACUUUAAAGUGUUUUAUUUCUGCAAUUUUAGUGUCAUUAAAGUAGAACAUCUGCUUUCAAUUAUGAUAAGCAUGCAACAUGCAA